UCUCGUUACUCAUUCUUGAGACCUAGAGUAAUAUCGAGAAGAGAAACGAAACAAAACCUUUUGCUAGAAAGAAGAAAUGAAAUGUUAUACGAUAGUUCAAGUUUAAAGUAUACAAAAUGAUAAGCAAGAACGAGAGUAAAAGUAAGAGCCACCACCUGUGCUCCGAACUGUUGUUGUUACAUUAAUUUGACCAUGUGAUGAAACAAGAAUAAAGUCAACGUAUCUAGGGCAGUUUAGUAAAGAUCAGCUCUGCAAUUUCUGGCCAUUAUUAGGGCGGUUGUGGUGGAGUCUGAUUAGGGAGAGCGAUCUUAGGCUUUUGCAAUGGCUGUGGAUGAUUAUGGAGCUUUCAUAGAGAAAUUUCUCCUGCAGAUGAGCUCUCCUUCCGAUAAACUUCCCUUAAGUGGACUCACUUUCGCUGUUAAAGACAUUUUUUUUUUUUCUACAUGAAAUUGGAGUAUUGAAGUCAAACUUCUUUUGGACUUUAAACCAAACAGCUUUGAUAUAGAGGGGUAUGUGGCUGGUUUUGGAAAUCCUGAAUGGCUAAGGACUCACCCACCUGCCAAUCAAACGGCACCAGCUGUGUUGACUAUCCUAAGAGGAGGGGCCACUUGCAUUGGCAAGACUAUCAUGGAUGAAAUGGCCUUUAGUAUAAAUGGGGAAAACUUUCAUUAUGGCACACCCCAAAACCCACAUGCAUCAGAUCGGAUACCUGGAGGAUCUUCCAGUGGUUCUGGUGUUGCUGUUGCUGCAAAGCUUGUGGAUUUCUCCUUAGGAACUGAUACCGGAGGUAGUGUAAGAGUGCCUGCAUCCUACUGUGGAAUUCUCGGAUUCCGGCCUUCACAUGGUGUGGUCUCUACGUCUGGAGUAAUACCUAUGACACAGAGCUUUGAUACAGUAGGUUGGUUUGCCAGAGAUUCCGCCAUAUUAAAGAGAGUAGGUUGGCUGCUGCUGCAAGAACCAGAGAUUGAGCAUUACAAGCCUACGAAAGUGUUCAUUGCAGAAGAUUGUUUCAAGCUCCUCUCGAACAUUACUAGUGAACGAUUGACACAAGCUUUUGUUAGCUCAGUGGAGAAGUUAUUUGGUGGCCAUCUUAUUAAACAAAUUAGCCUUGGAAAGUAUGUCGAGGAUAAAGUUCCGAGCUUGAAGCAUUUCAUGAUUGAAGAAAAUGAUGGCUAUAAGCAUAGCAUACCAUCCUUGGCAGCCCUUGUAAGAUCUAAGCGAUUUCUUCAGAGGCAUGAAUUCAACAUCAAUCAUGGAGAAUGGGUUCGGUCCUACCAUUCUCAUUUGGGUCCAGGAAUAUCAGAACGAAUAUUAGAAUUCAUCAGGGAGGUAACAGAUGAAAAUAUUGAUCUGAGUCGCUCCAUUCAAAUCGAACUGCGCGAAGCUCUUGCUGCUCUUCUUGAAGAUUUUGGAGUUCUUGCAAUUCCUACAGUCCCAGGCCCUCCUCCAAAACUAAACACAGACAUAUCAGAGCAAUACGACUUUCGUGCGAAGGCUUUCAGCUUGCUCACCAUUGCUGCUGUCUCUGGAGUCUGCCAGGUUAGCGUACCUCUAGGCUUGUACAAUGGUCUUCCUGUAUCAAUAUCUUUGCUAGCAAAACAUGGUGCAGAUGGAUUUUUGCUCAAUCUUGUUGAUAGUCUUUACAGCACUCUAAAAGAAGAAGUUGAGGCAAUCUACUAAAAAGUAGAAAAGGAUGCUAAAAUAUCUUCAUAGUUGAAAUUGGCUGUCCUUUUUUCAGAUUGGAAGAGUGAAAACAAUGAGAUGUUUGAUCUUUCAUUGUUUCUUGUAUUCUUUGUAUGAUUUUGUAUCAAGAGAACGGUUUUGAUAAGAAUUUUAUUUUCCUAGCAAAAUAGUUGAUCUAUCAUUGUAAUGAAUCUCGAGAACAAUGUUGCCAAGAUUUUAUUUUUCUAAAAAGUUCAUUGGUCAAUGAGAUAUUCAAUCAUUCAUAAA